AUGGAUCCCGAAAAGGCGAAGGCCCAUAUUCCGGCCCCGGACUUUUUCUCCUACAACAGUCGCGAUGCCAUCAUCUAUGCCCUUGGAGGUUCGCAUUUUCCAUUUUUUUUUUUUCUCGAAGUUUUCAAAAACUGAGCGUUUGAGAUAUGAAGACAUUGGAUUUCAAAAAUAUUUUUGGAUUUUGAGACCUCUUAUUCAAAGUGAAUCCGCGAAAUUCGGAUAAGCUGUCAGAGAGUAAAAAAAUAACUUAGUUUUGGCGAGUCAGAUUUUGAUUUGCACUUUAAAACUCAACUUGAAAAAAGCUUCGUAUUGAUACGAAAUUGAUGUAAGCUUUCCCGUUUCUAAAUUUGAAAUAGUCCUAGUUCAUGAAAACGUAGGAAAAAUGUGAAUCCUUUAUACAACGAUUGAUUGAAUUGUUGCAGUGGGAGCUCAUGCGAAGCAAGACAUCCGCUACCUGUACGAGGUACACGAGGAUUUCGCGCCUCUGCCGACUUUCAUCGUGGCGCCAGGCCUGAAGGCGGCCGGACUUCUUGACUGGCCGGGGAUCGAGUUCGACCUGGUGCGGAUCCUCCACGGCGAGCAGUACAUCGAGAUCCACGAGCCUCUGCCCACAGACGCACGACUUCGGUCCGAAUGUCGCGUCGUCGACCUUCUGGACAAGGGCUCGGGAGCUCUGAUUCUCAGCGAGAGUUCGUUUUUGGAAGAUUUUUCUUUCAAUAUUUUCAUUCUCUUUCAUUGCUUCAACCAUUCGGAGAGGAAGAAAUGGCUGUUCAGAGGUACUAAAAGCCAGUCCAAAAGUUUAAAAAUAUGUGUUUGGAGAAGGGGCUGGCGGCUUCUAAAAACUAUCUCUCCAUAUAUGACUAGUUAUUUUGUCUCUAGAACUAAUUUAAAAGUUAAUUUUUCUUUGAAAAGGUCGUUCACAAGGAUUUUUUUUCAGUAACGACCUACGACGACGCGACCGGGAAGAAGAUCGGCGUGCAGCAAAUCAGUACCUUCCAGGUCGGCGCCGGAAAGUUCGGUGGCGCCCGAACUUCGCCCCACGAAAAGAAGCCGGCUGAUAUCCCGUCGAGAGAGCCCGAUGCGGUCGUCGAGGAGAAAACUUCCAUCGAUCAGGUUUUGAUUAUUUAAAGUUUAGUUUGAAAAUAAGGAGAGCUAUGAUUCAUUAUAUCUAUCCAGAGGAGAAAAAAUUAUCUUUCAAAGUCUUGUCAUUUUUUUUUUACUCUUUUUCCACUUUUUUUCCUUCUCUUUCACCUAAAGCUUCGAAAAAAGAAAUUAAUAUUUUGUCAUUUUGAUCCUGAUAGUCCAUUUUUCGAAGUUUUAUUUAUUUUUUUUCCUUUCUUUAACUAGGAACAACUAACUUUUCGAUUUAUGUUCGACUUCUGAAAGUUUGAAAAAUCAGCAAUCAGAAAAAAAUCAAAAUCAAAUCAGAUCAAAAAAAUCAUUUGAAAAAUCUAAUUUUCAAUUCAUUAAUUCGAUUUACAGGCGGCGCUGUACAGAAUGGGCUCCGGUGACUUGAAUCCCCUCCACAUUGAUCCCAACUUUGCCAAGGUGUGAAGAUAUAAGGAAAAAAAACCAGAUUCCCCUCAGAUGUCUGGAUUCGAGCAGCCGAUUCUCCACGGCCUCUGUUCUUUGGGUUUCUCCACUCGCCACGUUCUCAGCGUCUGGGCCAACAACGACGGCACACAGUUCAAGGCGAUGAAGGUAUUUUUGAUGGGAGAGAAAUAUUGGAAAAUUCAUAAAAUUAAAUAUUUUUUUUGAACUUUUCUUAUUGUCUCGGAAAAAUAUCGCACAGCGAUUUUCUCAGGGAAGAAAAAAAGCAAGUCUAAAAUGAAAACUUGAUCAAAAUACACUAAAAAUAAGGUCAGUUAUUGAAAAGAGUUUAAAAAAAAACUCUUUUCAAAGUUUGUACUUCAAAGAAUAACAUUUUAGGUUUUGAAUGAUUCAUUUUCAGACUCGAUUUGCUUCCCCAGUGAUUCCUGGACAAACUCUGCGAACUGAGAUGUGGAAGGAAGGAAAUCGUAUCGUAUUCCAGACAAAGGUACUUUGAGAGCUCAUUUUUUUCUUAUUUCUAAAAUUUUUUAUCUUUCUUAAAAGAGCGCUAUUUUAAGCCUGUUGAAAAAACCCUGCCAAAGUCUUUGAAAUCGCAAAAACGGAUUAUUACCUGAAUUUUAAAAAAACUGAUGAAAUUUUCUUGCUUUUUAAAUAAAACUUGUCUAUGCUCUUUUGAAGUCCAAAAAGAAAAAAUGAAGCUCGAAAUGUGUCUUAAAAUCAAAACUUUCAGGUAAAAGAAACGGGAAAGACGGUUUUGUCAAACUGUUGGGUCGAGUUGAAGCAGGCCAGCGAGAAACCGGAAAUCGAGCCUCACCUUGCGGCUAAACUUUAA